UGCUGGGAUCACGUCCCCCUCUCCGCCCUCUCCCCAUUCCCCACUGGCCUCCCCUUGGAUCCUUGUCUUCCUGCUGUAGCACCGACUUGAGACACGCAGAAGGAGGAAAGUCAAUUCCAGUUUCUUGGAGAGAAGAGGAGGGGGAGGGGCCAGGCGGUGUCUCGGGGCAUUGUUCUGUACUCCGGUGCCAAGAGAAGUAGGUGAACUGGGGAAAGUGAGCUGAGCCUGUGCCCCUUUCAGGAAGUUUGCUCGCUCGCUCGCUCGCUUUGCGCUUGCACUGGGAGGCAGCUCGCUGCCUGGCGCUGGCCCUGGAGUCCCCGCUCCUGCUUAAUAUUCUGCCUGCUCCGUUGAUGUUGUGCUUGGCUCCUGUGGGACUGCAACUCACGGCUUGAAACUGGAGCCAAUUUUCUGUCUUCAUCUCACAGUGUUUUGACUGGAGGCAGAUCCAGUUCAGUCCGAUCGGGGCUAGUGGAAACAACUACCUAAGUCUCUCUGUGUCUUUCGCUUGGGAGCCGGGGAACAGAAAACAAACCUAACCACACACACACACACCCGCGCGCGAUGUGGCUGCCGAGGCAGGGCUGCUGAGCAGGAGAGCAUGGGAAGCGAAUGAACUGAUUUGUUACAUACAAUCUGUCUCCGGCGCUCAGCAAUGACUCUGGUGCUGUCCAUGCAUAGAUUCUGCGAUCCCAUUGUCUCGGGAGGAGCUGCCGAGAUCGCAGAGUACCAGACCCUGUGGGAGUCGCACUGUGGCAGCAAGACUAGCCCCCCGGAUCCCAGCCAGGCUCAGCAGCAGGGAGACAGGGCACCAUGUCAUUCUCUGGCAGGAUCACAUUACAGGGGAAUUUCAAAUCCUAUAACAACAUCCAAGGUCACAUACUUUAAAAGGAAAUAUGUGGAAGAAGAGGAUUUUCAUCCACCACUCAGCAGCUGUACGCGUAAAACAGUUUCUGUUUUUGAGGAGCGGGCACACAUUCUUUACAUGUCUUUGGAAAAACUGAAAUUUAUUGAUGAUCCUGAAGUCUACCUACGGAGAUCUGUCCUCAUAAACAAUUUGAUGAAGAGAAUCCAUGGAGAAAUUGUCAUGCAAAACAACUGGUGCUUCUCUGCUUGCUCUUUUGGUGGUCCCUCAUCACAAGAGUGGUUUAUGGCUCAAGACUGUCCUUAUAGAAAACGUCUUCGGAUGGCAAAAGAGGAGUGUGAAAAGCUCCAUACUUGCUGCUUUUAUCAAGAAUGUGGCAGUCACUAUUUAAAUUUACCCUUCUCUGUUAAUACUAAUGGGGAGAAUUCUUCUUCCUCUUCUUCCUCCUCCUCCUCCUCCUCUUCCUCAUCCUCCCCUAUAUCUUUGCCAAGUUGUUCCCACCAGGUGGAUUAUGGCAUCAGCAGUGCCCCUGUUUACAGGAGUGAUGACCAGAUUCUUGCUAACGAAAUAUUCAUUACUAAUGCCAAGUCUCAUGGUAAUCAGGAAAAGGCAAAAUUAAAUGAUGAGAAAGGAGAUAACGAAACUGAUCAAGCUGGUAUCACUCUAAACUGUGAACCUAUGAAAGGCGACCUUGCUCUUGAAUGUAAAGGCAAAUUUUAUGAUUAUUUUGAGACUGGAUGUAAUGACAAGAGCAACAUAAAUGAAUCUUGGAAAAAGUCCUUAAGGAAAAAGGAAUCUUUACCAAGUAAUAAAAUGUGCUGCAGCAAAGGAAGUAAAAUAUGAGCCAUCUUUUUUUGCUGUAACUUUGAAGCAUGCACAGCAUGUUAUCUAUCAACAUUUUAUUUGGAAUGGAUUUUUUAUAGUUUUGUACAACUGAUACAAUCAUGCCACAAAUGUUGCAUAUAGUUUUAAAUGACUGGAGAGCAGAUUGCAUAAAGCAUCUGUAUGAUCUGCAUCAGUGAGCUAUUUAUAAAUAUGGAGACUUCAUAAAGAGCACAGUUGAAUUACUGCUUACAACUAUAGUUUAGCUUUUGUUACUGAAAAUACCAAUAAAACCAGAUGGGGAAAACAUACCCUUUUAUAUAUAUGCCCUCCCACAUGGAGUCUGCCAUUAAUUAAGAGGAACCUCCAUUAUGUUUACCAAUUAAUUAGAUGUUUGGUAAACAAAUUGAUAUUACCAGCAAGGGUGCUCAGCUUCCUGUAACACAAUAUUUGUUGUGACAAAAGACUGGAUACUAUGGACUGGGAUUAAACAGUUUCUACACUCGCAUACUGACACUGUUAAAUUCACAUAUUUAACAGUUUUGUACAACUGACAAAGAUAGGAUGUAUUGUGAGGAAAUACCUUUUUAUGGGCUCUUAACCAGAAAUACCACAUACAGCUCAAUCACUUGCACAUUUUCAGCUCAGCUGUAAUAAUUAACGAGGCUUAUGGUGGUUUGUUAUUAUACAGGGCAGGUUUUUUGGUGCCUUACUUUUUAUCUUAAUUUUUGCCAGCGUGAAAAUUAAGUAUAAAAUCCGAGCUGCAGCAGGGAUUUAUUAACCUAAACGGAAAAAAACCAGGAUGGAUCAAUAUUAUUAGAAACCUGUAAUCUUUGAAAUACUGAGUUCGACUUCUUAUUCAAUCAUUGCUAUUCUUCCUUUUUGAUGCUCUAUUGCUUUUUGAUUUGCUAUCCUUAGGAAGGGAUUUAAGAAACAAUAGAGAGACGUGUCUUGUAAACAAGCACUAGAUGCUUGAGCAUUUCUAUGGCAACUGUCUGUUGCUGAGGAUUUUUUUUUUUAAUUCUUCCAUAUAAUGAAGUUCCUGAACCAAUGGCAUGCUUUAUACUUUAUUCUGUUUAGCAUAAUUUCUCUCUUUUAGAUUGCAAAAGCAUGUGGGGGUUUUCUAUGACUUUUGCUGUUGAUUUAAAACAAAACAAAAAGCACAAUGUUAAUAAAUAAUGUGGCGAUAAGAUUUUAUCUGAAAUAAAUGUUUUAAUUUUAAAAAAGA